AUAAAUCCGAGAAAAUAGAGCUGCAGAAAAGACAUGCUCCGAUGCCGGUCUUAUCGAGACUUUAUAUUUCGUUCGUUCUUCAUUUCCGUCAGGAGGGGAGGCAGAUUGGCGCGCCCGUCGCACCUGACGCAGACUUAGUGUCCUUAUCGCGAUGGGCUAAGUCGUCAGAACGUGUGACCGUACAUAUGGCUGAUUAACGAAAAAACCUGGGUAGCGUUGUCACUUUGUCAUUCGUCGUUAUAGUUAGUGUGCAGAUCCUAUUUACCUCACGAAAUACGUUAAUUGGAAAAUGCAAUUAAUGUGUACGAAGAGCAUGUCCUGAAUGCGAUACCGAAAAAAAAGAUGUCGAGCGCAAUGUGGCUCCUGAGUCUCUCUGUUCAGUGUGAGUGAGGCAGGCAGCCUCUGGCGAGCAACGGUACGUUAUACCAGGGGGCGCCUUUCACUUGAUUCCCGUACACCGGCCAGUUGAAACUCAACAGGCACCUGUGCCUUGCCGCUUUAGUGAUUGACACCAGUUUUGUAACACGCGCUGAUCCGAUCAGUUUAAAAGAGAAAUUCGGAGAAUCAGAUGUACAUUGCUGAUAGGACGCAAGCACAGAUUACCAGUAAUUAGCCAAAGGAGAGAGGGAGGAAAAAAUAUUGCUGCCGAAUUUUCAGUUUCCCAGAUUUAUUGGAAGAAAAAAAAGUUACACGUUUUGUGCCAUACCAUCCGUGACAAGUUUUGAGUGAUUGGCAGAAGGGUUGAAAUUUUAACGUUCAUUCAGUUAUAUUAAUUACCCAAAGUAUGCGAAACACUUUAUGUUCUGUUUCAUCGGAUCCUACAAUAACAAAAUCUGUUAUUAUGUGUGCAUUUUGUGGGCUUUACACAAUUCAGUAGGCAACUGGUGAGAGUGAUAAAAAUGUGGAUUUAUUUUAUUUUAUUAAUAGUGCAAUUAUUCCAUUUUGGUUGUGGCGUUAAACUUGGCACGUGUUAUCAAGAUGGAAACUGUCGUCUGCCAUCUUGUUUUUGCGGUGGAAAAAGCGCGCCCGGAAAUCUGGAGCCAUCGGAAAUUCCACAGAUGAUAAUGUUCUCGUUCGAUGAUGCUGUAACUGGUGAAAUUUACGAAAUGUAUGAAAAAUUGUUUUCACGGGGUCGGCUGAAUCCCAAUGGAUGUCCGAUCACCAUGACUACGUUUGUUUCCCACAAUUUCACGGAUUACAAGUUGGUGCGAUCUUUAUUCCGGAAAGGCCACGAAAUUGCUGUACACAGCGUUACUCACAGAACUCCGACAACGUUCUGGAAACAGGCCUCAUAUAACCAACUACAGUACGAAAUCGUAGAGCAACGGAGCAUUAUUGCUGAAAACGCAGGAGUCCCUGUCCGGAAUAUCACGGGUUGGCGGAGUCCGUUUCUACAGCCAUCAGGUGACAUACAGUUUACAUUGUUACAGGAAAACGGAUUUGAAUAUGAUUCCACUUUGACUAUUGCAACUGAAAAAGGUUUCAGUGCCAAAAGGUGGCCAAACACCAUGGAUUUCGGAUGGCAGUUGGACUGCAAUGUUCUUCCGUGUCCAUUUGGAAAGUAUCCCGGAAUAUGGGAGGUUCCGGUCCAGAUGUUAGAAGUCGGGGAUUCCGGAAACGGAUGUCUCUACGCAGAUUCCUGUCGUCCGACGACCAUGGAGGAGGCAUUCCAAUUGUUCUGGGUCAAUUUCCAUAACCACUACACGGGGUCGCGAUCGCCCCUAUUUUUUACUAUGCACCCUUCGUGGCUACGAGAGGAGCACAACAUGAAAGCAUUGAACUAUUUCUUUUUGACUAUUUUACAUUAUUACCAUGAUGUGUAUUUUGUGACUUAUCAACAGCAUUUAGCGUGGAUGAAAAAUCCUACCCCGCUUUCGGACAUCCUCAGGUUUGCGCCUUGGAAGUGUGACCAUCUGCGCUAUGAACCUGAAACAGACAAAGAUGGCAACGGCCAUAACGGAGUUUCCUCCAUAUCUAAUUGUUUUCCAUAUUUGUUCCUUGUCCUCUCUACAUUUCCAUUGAUUUACACAAAAAUAUUUUUUGACAAAUAUUGUCUUUUAUAUUAAAAGAGUUAUCGCCUAUAAUUCUGAUACA